AUGGCUAGCUCGGCGCUCGUCACCCAGGCACACAACGGAACCGCCAACGAGGUGCUUGCAGCCAUCCAGAACCACAUCAACCGCCUGCGGGAUAGUGUCAAGACUGACUUUGGCUUGAGUGAGACCUCGGUCGAGAUGACUACGCUCUACGGCGUGCUGCAGCUGCUGGAGAGUCUUUCCUUUGACAUCGCAGCGGAAAGUGCAACAAACUGCGGCAGGUUAUUGACUGGCGUGGCCGCACCCACGCCAAAGCCCACGCCCACGCUCAAGCCCAAGCUCAAGCCCAAGCCCAAGCCCAAGCCCAAGCCCAAACCUACGCUCAAGCCCAAGCCCAAGGUCAAGCCCAAAGUGCUGCACAAGGUCAAGCGCGGCCACAAGUCGGCCGCGGGUGAGUCCCGGCCAACGUCACACUCGAACGCCCCACCUCAUGCUUCGGCAGAGCCUCCCGCCCCAUACACCGCCCCACAGCCUCCAGCCUCGGCCUCGCCACCGACUGUGGCCUCAACAGAGACCCUGCCCGCGGUCGGCAGUGUCAAGGCUCGUGUAGCUAUGUUUGGCGGCCUGGCGAAGCGUUCAUCCGCAACCGCGACCACGACCGUGCGCUCGAGCCGGCCCGCACUCAUGGCGUCGACAGAGCCAAGGCCUGCAUCGUCGCGGAAGGCUUCACCUCCAACCGCUUCGACGCCUCUACACAGCCCGACAACGCCACCGCCGCCGACGAGCGGAAGCGUGCUCGCCAAGGCGGCAAUGUUCAGCUCCAGCGCUCUUUCGCCGGCGCCGGGUGCCAGCCCAUCGCCGACGUCGGCCGGCAACGUGCGGGCCAAGGCGGCGAUGUUUAACUCAGGCUAUGAGGCGCCAACAGUCGCAUCGUCUACCGUUCACACCAGCCCAUCGCUGGCAAGAAGCGAUGUCCGAGCUACGGCGGCCAAGUUCGGCGCGCCAGGCCCGUCGCGGUGGAAGUCCCCAGAACGCGCGAAGCGUACCGAGGCUGCUCGCGCCAAACGGUCAGAUGCGCCAUCUUUGCCUUCAAGCCCUGCUUCAGACACAAUGUUCCCGCUCCUUACAGAGGCAUGCAGCGUGUGCGGUGAGGAGGGCAUGCGCGGGCCACGUCUCCAAUGCGGCCAUCUGAAGACCUGCAGCGAGUGCCUCGGCAACUGGUGCGUGGCGAUUCUUGAGGGCCACGCGCUGCCGCUGUGCGUCGACAUGACAUGCCGGGCUGAAAUCAUGUACAAGCAUGUCCGCAACCUGCUGCCGGCGUCAAACCGUGAGCAGCUCCUUGAGCAGUACAACAUGAUCAAGAGUAAGCAGAUCGGCAACGACGGGAUCCGGUGCGCGCAGCCGGCGUGCCAGCUGGAGUGGCCACGCAACGCUGUCAUCGACGGCAUCCUGAACUGCCGGGUGUGCAAGGGGCGAACGUGCGCGGUCCACGAGGAGCAGGCCGUGUCUGCGCGCGUCGGCCACUGCUGCUUCACCGGCCAGGCUGAGGCCGUCGAACGCGCCCGCGCCGCUGCCGCCCAGGACGAAGAGGCGUCCUCGGUCGCCAUCAAGCGGAUCACCAAGCGUUGUCCGCAAUGCAACAUUCCCACCGAGAAGAACGGUGGAUGCCGGCACAUGACCUGCCGAUGCGGCCACGAGUACUUUGGUGCCCGUCUGCACCGCCAGCUCUGUCCCGAUCCUAUCUGA